AUGUCCGCGCUCGAUCUUUACCUUAAACAAGCUGAGGAAGGUGAUGCUGAUGCUCAAUAUAAUUUGGGGCUUUGUUUUGAUGAGGGUUCUGAUGGAGUAAAGCAGGAUUGUGCCUUAGCAAUGCAUUGGUAUAUGAAAGCAGCCUUGCAGGGACAUUCCGAUGCUCAAUACAAUGUUGGAUUGUUGUUUGAGGAGGGAAGAGGAUGGUAUUGGAAGGCUGCUGAACAGGGUGAUGCUCAUGCUCAGUUUAAUAUUGGAUGGUUGUAUGAUGAAGGAAAGGGAGUGCAGAAAAGUUAUGAAAAAGCAUUGGAAUGGUAUAUGAAAGCCUCGGAACAAGGUGAUGAAAUUUCCAAAUACAAGAUUGGAACCUUCUUUGAGAAGGGAAAAGUUGUUAAGGAAAAUGUAAUGAUGGCUAUGCAAUGGUUUGAAAAAUCAAAUAGUGCAAUUGGACGUUUUAAAUCCUCUGGAUUAUUCAUGUUUUCUCAAGGAAUGGAACGUGAUUUUAGUGAAGAGUUUGAAUGGUAUUCUGAGUAUGCUGGAAUUGGUGAUUCGGAUGCAAUAUACAACCUAGGAAUAUUUUACGAAUUUGGAAUUCAUGUAAAACAAGAUUACAAAAAAGCAUUUGAGUUGUAUUUGAAAGCAGCAAAGAGAGAUGAUGUUGCAGCUCAGAUACAAGUAGGAAUUAAAUAUCUAACAGGAGUUGGAGUGGAACAGAAUUUGGGAGCAUCGAAUUAUUGGCUCUCCAAGUCAAGAAAUCGAUCGGUGGAUUUAGAGUUCUUUUUUGAUGAACCAGAGUUGAACUUUGCUCAUGCACAAUUCCCUGAAGGCAAAAUCAUUUCAGAGCUGAAUGAAACUCUAGAUCCAGAGAAAGAAUUUUUGAUUGGCUAUGAAAAUCAAUAUCACAAUUUAUGUGUAAAGCAUUUGAAAAGGUCCAAGUUCUUUUCAAAGAUACUGACAGAUUACCACCCAAUUCUCAAAAAAAAUUCAAAUGUUUUUAUUGAUAUUGGAAAUUCCUCUUUCAAAGAUAGAACUCCUAUUAUAAUGCCUACAUUCAAUAGCUAUGUAAAAUAUUUGCUUGAUGGUUCACUACCCGAUUGUGAAGCAAAGCUUAAGCUGAUAGAAUUGGCCAAACACUUUGGAGACGAUGACUGUAUUCUGAGCAUUGUGAAGAAUUCUCACAUUUUAACAAGAUUUUACAUUCUCUCUGCAUUGUUUAAAAGAAAUGAACAAUAUCACGGAGCUAUUGUAACUUGUUUCAUGAUGAAUGAACCAAAUAGUGGAACGAAUUAUGGAAAGGAAUUGACAAAAACAGUAUUGAAAAACUUGGUACAUCAUAAGGAUAUUGCACCAAUAGCUAAACAACGUUUUGUGGAUAUCCACUUUCCACAUAAUCCCUCGCGUCCCAGAUAUAAGGAUACCAACGUAUUUUACCUGUCAUUCAUAGAGAACCAAGAUAACCAUUCGAGAACAAUAACAUUUAAUAAUGAGCUAUUCGAUUUUACCUUAUUACCAAGUGAGAGAGAACGAAAGUUAACGAGCACAAAGAAAGGUCUGUUCAAAGAUCGAUUGCAAAUAUACAUACAAGAAGUAGACAGCGAAACGUUACGAAAAUUUGCAUUAUGGAUUCGAAAAUUUGACGAUUCUGAGGAUACUCUUUUUACCACCUCCCCUAAUCCCAAGAAUCGAGUGGAUUUGGUUUUAUUCUUUGAUCCAACGCAAUAA